UAUACAAGUUGAGCAGAAAAUCACUAAUCUGUAAAAACAACGGAUGGACACACUAUAAGCAACUAACUGUCGAUACCAAGCACAUCCAUAUUUAUUCAGACUUGUACUUUCUACUUCCGCCUGAACGUGGACGAGACAAGGAAGGAAUUAGAGGACGCUUGUGCCACAAUCACAUUGAAGGAACCAGGGAGUUUUAGCUACCUAGCGCCGUUGUUUGGACAAAAUCGACAUGAUGCAGCUACAUUUUUUACAUCAAGUUUGCCAGUCGCUUUGAUCGGGCGUAAAUUGUAUGAGUUUUAUGUAGCUAUCUAGCUAGCAGCCAUAUGCAACAAGCAGCCAGCGUACAAGACAUAUCUUUACAAUAUUAGAUAAUAGCUGUUUAGUUAGCUACAGUACUGUAAGCUAGCAAGCUAUCUGAAAUGGCCAAUAAAAGCAGAGCAUUGGCGCAGAGGAUGCUUCUCAUCUGUAGACAGGAGACCAGGGCAUAUUCACUAUGGCGAAGGACAACAAUUCCGAUUGCACAUCUGAUCAAACCCAGCAUUAUGCAUUUCAAGUUUUCUCUCAAUGUCAACAAACACUCAACGUGCACAACAGGUUCUAGCAGCUUGUCCUUUCGGAGUCACACUUGUGGGGAGCUACGGCCUGCUGAUGUAGGAGAGGAAGUCACUCUGUGUGGCUGGGUUCAAUACCUGAGACAGGAUUUAUUUGUUAUCAUGAGAGAUUUCAGUGGCUUGGCACAAAUUCUUAUCCCUCAAGACGAGGACAAAAUUAAUCUGAAAACAGCCUUGUGUGACUUACCACCUGAAUCAGUGAUCAGGGUGAAAGGCAUGGUCAGGCUUCGACCAGAUGGACAAGAGAACAAGGAGAUGCCCACCGGAGAGAUCGAGGUUCUUGCAGAGAGUGUGGAGAUUCUAAAUGUCUGCCGUAAGCUUCCCUUUGAAAUCAAAGAUUUUGUGAAAAAAUCUGAAUCCCUUCGGAUGCAGUAUCGCUAUCUGGACCUUCGUUCGUCACAAAUGCAGUAUAACCUGAGGCUGAGGUCCCAGCUAGUGAUGAAGAUGAGAGAGUACCUGUGCAAUGUGCAUGGGUUUGUGGAUGUUGAAACUCCCACCUUAUUUAAGAGGACUCCAGGGGGUGCAAAGGAGUUUGUGGUGCCCUCAAGAGAACCUGGUCGAUUUUACUCCCUGCCUCAGAGUCCUCAGCAGUUUAAACAGCUUCUCAUGGUGGCUGGCAUUGACAGGUACUUUCAACUUGCCCGGUGCUACAGAGAUGAGGGUUCCAAACCAGACAGACAACCAGAAUUUACCCAGGUGGACAUUGAGAUGUCCUUUGUGGAUCAAGCUGGAAUCCGAGGUCUGAUUGAGGGCUUGGUCCAGUACUCCUGGCCUGUGGAGAAAGAUCCGGUCUCCACACCAUUCCCCUGCAUAACGUAUGAAAAAGCAAUGAAGGACUAUGGAGUGGACAAGCCAGACACACGAUUCGCCAUGAAGCUCAUGGACAUCAGUAAAACAUUCCACAACACAGAAAUAGAGUUCCUUAAAGACGCCCUCAACCAACCAGGAGGAUGUAUCCAGGCAAUCUGUAUCCCGGAUGGAGCAGACAUCUGUGUUCAAUAUUUCACUCCAGAAACAUUUGAAGGGCAAAGAUCACGAAUCCCUGAAGCAAACUGCCAGGACCCAGUUCGGCCAGUGAGUGUAGUUUUGGUGAAGGCAGAUGGUGCAUUGAAGUCUCCCCUCAACAGACUCAUGCCUGCCUCAGCUAAACAGCAGCUGCUCCAGAUGGCCCAGGCCAGACCUGGGGACCUGCUGCUCAUCUCUGCUGGGACGCAGGAAUGUGUGCGCCCUUUGUUGGGCAAAUUGAGGCUUCAAUGUGCUGAACUCCUAGAGGGCUCCGGUGUGGCUGUUCGAGACCCCUCAGCGUUUCACUUUCUGUGGGUGGUAGACUUCCCACUGUUCCUGCCAAAAGAAGAGGACCCUGAUCAGCUUGAGUCAGCCCACCAUCCUUUCACUGCACCUCUCCCUGAGGAUGCUCAUCUCCUGUAUUCACUGCCUCACAAGGUACGUGGCCAGCAUUAUGACCUGGUCCUGAAUGGGUGUGAGAUUGGAGGAGGAUCCAUUCGUAUUCACAAGGCCUCUGAUCAACAGCAUGUGCUGGAGACGAUCCUCAAGGAGGAUCCAUCUCUCCUUUCUCACCUGUUAGAGGCACUGGACUCUGGGGCUCCCCCUCAUGGUGGGAUUGCAUUGGGUUUGGACCGAUUUCUGUCUAUUAUCGUCGGAGCCCCCAGCAUCAGGGACGUGAUUGCCUUCCCCAAAUCAUUCAGGGGCCAUGACCUGAUGAGUCGGGCUCCAGACUUCGUCUCUGAAGACGAGCUUAAAUCCUACCACAUCGCUGUCAACUGGCCAGCAGGAGACGAAGGGAACCCGGAGAAAUAGACAUGGCUGCUGCUACACCUUUGUCCUGAAGCUGAGACUCUGACUCAUAUUACAGCUGGAUUUACAUUGGGGAGAUGCAGGACAACUAAGUACCGUGACUUAAAUGUGAUUCUUCUAAUGACAUGCUGCCACUUUAGGUUUACUCGCACUGUUGAUGACCAUUAAUUGCAUCAGUAUAAAUUCUGUCGGCCGAGUGGGGAGUUUUUGAGUUGGGACUGUCGUUCCCGCAUCUCUGCAACUUAAACCCAGUUUACACCUUUGUCCUGAAGGUCAAACUCUGACUCACAUAUUGAUGUUUCCACUUAGCUUCGGUUGAAGACUUUUCCAGUUGCCUCCUUUUCUCAAGUUGCACUUUUUUGCCAGCUUGUAGUUGUCUUCACAGGCAGCUCCUCUGCUAGCCAAAAUAUGGUCAAUAUCGAUGUGAGACUUUGUCUUUAAAGUGACAUAAUAUAUGUACAAUGUAGACAGGUGACACUGUCACCAAUAAAUUGUCAUGGUUUGACAAA